AAAUGCCCUUAAGGCCCCUAAUGAAGGUCUCAAGAGCCCAGACCUGUGGAGGUAGGCUCUCCCGCCACCUGCCUCUCAUGACUGCAGCAGUGCGGCCAAAGCACUAAGAGGAAACCUAAAUCUGAAUCCGCUGGUCCAGGGUCUGUGGGGCGCACCUUACUGGGUUUGCCAUGGAAGGGCAGCCCAGAGGGAGCAGAGGCCUUUUGGAGAGGCCCCUCCCUGCUGCCACCCACCCCUCUCUGUCCUCACUGGGCGCUGUGUUCAUCCUCCUGAAGUCUGCUCUGGGCGCCGGCCUGCUCAACUUCCCCUGGGCCUUCUACAAGGCAGGAGGCAUGGUGCCCACCUUCCUGGUGGCCCUGGUAUCUUUGGUCUUCCUGAUCAGCGGCCUGGUCAUCCUGGGCUACGCAGCAUCUGUCAGUGGCCGGACCACCUACCAGGGUGUGGUCCGGGAGCUCUGUGGCCCUGCCCUGGGGAAGCUGUGUGAGGUCUGCUUCCUGACCAACCUGCUCAUGAUCUCUGUGGCUUUCCUCAGAGUGAUCGGGGACCAGCUGGAGAAGUUGUGUGACUCCCUCCUGCCUGACGCCCCACAGCCCUGGUACGCAGCCCAGAACUUCACCCUGCCCCUGAUCUCCAUGCUGGUCAUCUUUCCUCUAUCAGCACUUCGGGAAAUCGCUCUCCAGAAGUACACCAGCAUCCUAGGUACUCUGGCUGCCUGCUACCUCGCUCUGGUCAUCACGGUGCAGUACUACCUGUGGCCCCAGGACCUCAUGCGCCAGCCUGGUCCUUUGCUGAGCCCGUCCCCCUGGACCUCUGUGUUUAGCGUGUUCCCUACCAUCUGCUUUGGAUUCCAGUGUCACGAGGCCGCCGUCUCCAUCUACUGCAGCAUGCGGAACCAGAGCCUCUCCCACUGGACCCUGGUUUCUGUGCUGUCCUUGCUGGCCUGCUGCCUUGUCUAUACACUGACAGGGGUUUAUGGCUUCCUGACCUUUGGGCCCGAAGUUUCCGCUGAUAUCUUAAUGUCCUACCCAGGCAAUAACAUAGCCAUUAUUGUAGCACGUGUUCUCUUUGCGGUCUCCAUUGCGACUGUCUACCCCAUUGUGCUGUUCCUGGGGAGGUCUGUGAUGCAGGACUUUUGGAAAAAGAGUUCCUGGGCCACACAGGGACCCGCAGUGCUGGCUGACCCCUCAGGGCCUUGGGUUCGGCUGCCGCUGACCUUCCUGUGGGUGGCGGUGACGCUUGCCAUGGCUCUGUACCUGCCGGACCUCAGCGAAAUCAUUAGCAUCAUCGGUGGCAUCAGCUCCUUCUUCAUCUUCAUCUUCCCAGGUUUGUGUCUCAUCUGUGCUGUGGACACUGAGCCCAUGGGACCAAGAGUCAAGUGCUGCCUGGAGGCCUGGGGCAUCCUCUCCGUGCUGGUAGGCACUUUCAUCUUUGGGCAGAGCACAGCUGUGGCCAUGAUGGAGCUGCUCUGAGAGGCCUCUGGGCUGACACAAUCACUCCUGCAUCUGGCCUGAAGACCCCUGUAGCUUCUUGCCUUCACACAAAGGCGCAGCCUUGUCUAUUGAGCACUGCUCCUCCUACGGCUCACGGGACCCUGGUGAGGAAGGAUGGCUGUGACAAGUUCCUGCCACGUGGUGACUCGGGACAGUAGAAGCCCAUGCUACCGAAAGCUGGAGUGUGGGCUAGCGAGUGGUGGGUCACGGUGCUUCAGAAGGUUCUGGAAUGUUCUUCCCACUGUCCUCCUCUGAUGGUUGCAGGAACUCCUUAGUGUCCCUGGCUUGUAGAUGUAUCACUGUAGUCAUAAGGUGGACACCUGUCCUGUGUGUCCCUUCCCAAGCAGGGUGCCGGCUACCCAGUCUGGGCCCAUCUCAAGUUAGUGAGCACUUGUCUGCACCCGCUAUGUGUAAACACGUGUGACUUAGUAACUGUGAAGAGACACAUGAUCAAGGCAACUCAUAGAGGAAUUCAUUGUGGGGUUAGAGGUCAUGAGCAUCAUGGCAGGGAGCAUGGCGGCAGGCAGGCAUGGUGCUGGAGUAGUAGCUGAGCCUUUACAUCCGCAUUACAUCCUCAUCGCCAAGCACAAGACAGAGAGCGUACACUGGGAAUGGUGUGGACUUUUGAAAUCUCAAAGCCCCACCCCCAGUGACACACUUCCUCCAGCAAGGCCACACCUCCUAAUCCUUCCCAAACAGUUGAGACCAACCAUUCAAACAUGUGAGCCGGUGGGAGCCAUUUUCAUUCAUAUCACCGCAUCCCACUCCCUGGCCCCCAUAGGCUCCUAGCCAAGAUGGAAUGCAAAGUGCAUUCAGUCCAACUUCAAAAGUCUCCAUCUUUGGGGUCUGACUUAAGGUUGGUUAUGUGAGGAUAUAAUGCAUUUGCGAGCUAAGCAUCAGAGCAGCUAACGUUGCCAUUUCUCAGGAAGUAAAUUUGGAAUACCCGCAAAUGUGGGAGGGAACAUGGGAACCCUCAUGACUGUCCUCAGUUUCUAGAAAACAGUCAACAGUAUUUUCAUACCUCAGACAUUUUUUUCUGAAGACAAAUAAUAUUGUCAUGCUUCAUAUAAACCUGAACAUGCCAGGCUCUGAAGCGGGCAUCUCUGCAGCCGCCAACCCCUAACUCUGUUAUCAAAGAAGCUCCAAUAAUAAAAUGAGCCUCGUUGUGCAAA